GUUACACCUGGCCAGGUAACAACAACAACAGUCUGUGCUGGAAUAACUUGCUCCAGACUGUGUCACACUAAAACAUCCACCGCAGCAUGAAAAGAGACACAAGUGGCAUCUUCAUCGCUAAAAACAAACUUCUGUGAUGGGGGAUGGAAUAAAGACUCAGCUGGUGAGCGCCAUCCACCUGCAGGAGGUGGAACUGCAAGAGACACCUGCAGACAAGCAGCAGGGCAGCAAGAAAAACAACAAUGAAGCAGACGAGACCUUCACCGUGGAGGACGCCGUGGAAACGAUCGGCUUCGGCCGGUUUCACGUCCUGCUGUUUGUCAUCAUGGGCAGCUCCAACAUAGUGGAGGCGAUGGAGAUCAUGCUGUUAGCUGUAGUUUCUCCUGAGAUUCGCUGUGAGUGGCGUCUGGAUGAUUGGCAGGUCGCUCUCGUCUCCACUAUGGUGUUUCUGGGUUUCAUGGUUUGUGGAGUUUUGGCAGGAUACAUCGCUGACAGAUACGGACGCUGGAAGGUGGUGUUUGGAGGUUUUGUGUGGAGCGCCUACUUCUCUCUGCUCACCUCGUUCGCUCCAUCGUAUGGUUGGUUCAUCUUCCUGCGCAGCAUGGUGGGCUGCGGGGUCGCAGGAGUGUCCCAGGGCUUUGUACUGAAGGCAGAGUUCAUCCCUGCGAGGUAUCGAGCCUUCCUGCUGCCUCUGGCUUCUAUCUUCUGGAUGAUCGGCUCCAUGCUGAUCAUCAUCCUGGGGAUGCUGGUGGUUCCCACUCUGGGGUGGAGGUGGAUGAUACGGCUGUCCGUCACCCCCAGUGUUCUCCUCAUCUUCCUGUUCAAGUUCAUUCCAGAGUCGGCUCGUUACAACGUGUCAGCAGGAAACAUUCAGGCUGCUGUUGAAACUCUGCAAAACAUCGCCAAAAUGAACCGAGCUUCUCUUCCUCCAGGACGACUGCUUGAGCCGGCCGUGAACGAGAGAGGCAGUUGGAGGAUUCUGCUCGGUUCGUCUUUCAGGAGGACGUCUUUGCUGCUCUGGUUUUCAUGGAUGGUGGCGUCCUUCGCGUACUACGGCUCCGUGCUCGGCAGUUCGGAGCUGUUGGAGAAGAACUUGUUGUGUGUGACGGAUGCAGAUCGAGAGCAUCAGGUCAAACACCGCCAUGAGGACGGACUGUGUUACUGCAUCCCGUUUGCACAAAGCGACUACCAGACGCUGCUCAUCAGCUGCCUGGGAGAGGUCGCAUUGAUCCCACUAAACAUCUGUCUGCUCAAUGUUGUUGGACGGAAGAUGAGUAUGACGGUGCUGCAGCUGGUGGCGGCCGUUCUGUUCAUGAUGCUCAACAUCUGCACCACCAUGUUUUUCUUCACGGCCUUGCUGUUCCUGCUCCGGUCUGUGGUCUCAAUGAAUUUUAAUGUGGUUUACAUUUACACUGCUGAGGUCUAUCCCACUUCGGUGCGGUCUCUAGGGAUGGGCUUCUGCACGUCGUUCAGUCGGAUCGGAGGAAUGAUCGCUCCGUUCAUUGCUCAGGUGUUGAUGUCUCAGUCGGUGAUUCUGGCUCUCAGCCCGUUUGCUGUGGCCGCUGUGGUUUGUUCUCUGGGAAACUUUCUGCUUCCUAUAGAAACUAAAGGACGAGCUUUGCUGCAAAGCUCCUGAUGUCUACAGAACGUUUCCUGUUUUAUCGUUGUUACAUCUGUAAUAUAAAGAUAUUAAAUAUCUUACUGAUA